CAAAAUUGUUUCUUUCUUCGUUGCGUGCGGUUGUGCUUGCCGUCGAUCGAACCCGUGAACAACGCGCUCGUCCCGUGUUGGGUCAUGGAAAUUUAAAGCAAAAUCGAUUGUUUACGCGUUGUGAAGUGAGUGUGUCCUGUGUGUGUCAUUAUGUGAUCCCUGUAGCUUGCACCGAUUACUGUACCACGAGAAUACACACUACAAAGUUAGCUAAUACGAUGCCUGCCAGUCGAGUGUAGAAUCAAAGUGUUCCCCGUUCCGUAUCGCGCACCGCUGGAAUCGCCCGAUUGUGUCCUGACCCGUGAUAAUUGCGAUCAUUAUCAACCUCAAAUCAUCGUCCGCAGCUUCCUUCGUCUCCCGUGGCAGCAGCUCGGCAGGAAGUGUGAGUUUUUGUGCCGUCUUCGCCAUUUCAACUAUCAUUAGUGGGGAGCAUUAGCGUGUAUGCGCGAAAGGCAAGGCAGAAUAAUCAAGGUAGCCAAAGCGAAAAAGCAAGAAUUUGUUUUGAUGCGUUCACCUCCGUGGGUUUGUUGCGGCUGCGAAUAAUAUGGGUGGCGGAUGCUGACACGGAUGUGUUUCGUAGUGUGCGUGUGUAAACGCGGCCGCACGAUACAGUGUUGUUGAUUAAAAGAGAUCAAUUUCAUCACAGGUCAGUGCUGGACGUGUGGUACGGUGUUCAACCAUAAAGUAAACGAACGUGUAAUUUAUGCAACGAACGCCCCCAGUAAAGUUGAAAGCGGCCAGAUUCUUAAGAAGUGCUGCUGUUUCCACUGGAGAAAAAGGUUGUGGUCUUCCUGUUCCUUACAAAACAUUAAUGAAGUACAACGAUACUCAAAACUGCCCGAUAACUGCAGAGCAACUUAUGUUUCGAUUAAUUUAUCACACCUAAUCAACGAGAUGGAUGAAUGAGAAAGGUUCCAGAGACAGUCAGUGCGGUAACCGCGUGUCGCUGUGCAUCAUCGGUUGAAAAGAGGCGCAAAAUCCGCAACAGCAUCAACGCUUGCUAUGGAGGUUGUCUUAGCGCUGCACCUUGAAGCACUUCUGACAGAAGUACGGCCAAGCACCGUCGGGACGUGAGGCAUCCGCACAUCAUGGUCGCAAUGCAGGACGAAACGGCACCGAACUACAUCACCACCGUCACCGCCGUUGCAACUCAAGGAUCUCAACUCGUUUAGUUUAUUUUAAUUUGUCAUUACGUUAAGUGUCACGUUUUUCUUCACGUGCAGCGCGUUUUUAAUCUGUUGUGUGUGUGCGUGCUCUAAUGUGUUGCCUUGGAAUACUACGAACUUUGGGGUGAAUUGUGAAUUGUUUGCUGAAAGCGUGAAAAAGGCCUGCCGCCUGUAUGUGCGGUUUUGGUGAUAAGUGGCGAAACUAAGUCGGAUUAGAGGAAAGCCAAGAAACAAACGAAACGAAGACAAAGCGAAGCGCGUAAAGCAAUAUGACGAUGAAGCUGUUCCGACGCGGAUCGCCACGAUGUAUCGGCCUGCUGUCUGCGUUCGUGACGAUCCUGCUCUGUCUGUACUACAUCUCCAUGGGGCAACCGUCGCCGGCUGGAUCCGGCCCGUCCGCUCCGACUGGGAUGGACGGCAAGGACGCAUCCGGUGCCGUAGCCGUCGGUGCUGCCCACCAGAAACGAUCGAACGGACAGCAUACGGGCCCGCAUGCAAAUCACUCCUGGCACAGCUGGUUGCGGAGCAGCCUCAAUUCGAUUGGCGGUGGAGGAGCUGCCGGCAGUCGACAGCAGCGCAUCGCCGAUCGAGUAGGUGAUAACUUGCGAGGAGAUUCGGGCGAUGCGGACGAUAGUGGUGGAACCGGUGGGACGGAUAACGACGGCGGUGCCGGUGCUAGUGAUGGUGGACCUCUGCCCCGGUUUGGAAGCCGCUGGGACGAGUGCAACGUGCUCGAGGAAGCAUCGACCGAUAUCACCACCGUGGACGAGUAUGGAAAAUUCGAUUUUCAGCCUGAAUGGAUGAAAACCAAGGAAUACUGGGACAAGGAUUUCGAGACGCGCUAUGAAAAGCUGCAAAAGGACCCGAAAAGGCCACCGCUUAAGAUUGUGGUGGUGCCCCAUUCCCACAACGAUCCGGGAUGGUUGAAAACGUUCGUCAACUACUUCCAGUCGGAUUCGCGCCAAAUUCUCAACCUGGCCGUCACCAAAAUGCCCGAGUACAGCAACAUGUCGUUCAUCUGGAGCGAAAUUAGCUUCCUGCAGCUGUGGUGGGAUCAGGCACAUCCGACCAAACAGCGGAUAUUAAAGAAAUUGGUUCAAUCGGGGCGGCUAGAGAUUACAACCGGCGGUUGGGUUAUGACGGACGAAGCGAACGCUCAUCUGUACGCCAUGGUUGACCAGCUUAUCGAAGGACACCAGUGGGUGAAGGCGAACUUGAACAUCACACCCAAGACGGGUUGGAGUAUCGAUCCGUUUGGACAUGGUAGCACCGUUCCGUAUCUGCUGGCUGCGUCCGGUUUCAAGGGCACAAUCAUUCAGCGGAUCCAUUACGCCUGGAAACAGUGGUUCGCCCGACACCGGUACGGUGACUUCCUCUGGACACCGUACUGGAAGAGCCCCUCGAACAGUGCACCGGACCACACGAUGCUAACGCACAACAUGCCAUUCGACAUCUACUCGAUCAAGCAUUCGUGCGGACCGCAUCCUUUCAUCUGCCUGAACUUUGACUUCCGCAAGAUCCCCGGCGAGUACACCGAGUAUUCCAUCAAAGCGCAGUUUAUAACACCGGAAAACAUCGAAGCGAAAGCCGAUCUGCUGAUGGAGCAGUAUUCGCGUACGGCGUCUCUGUUUCCGCACAAUGUUGCGCUCAUCCCGGUGGGAGACGAUUUCCGGUACAAUAAGGAAAAGGAAAUGGAACAACAGUACACCAACUACAAGAAGCUGAUCGAUUACAUUAACGAACACCGGCAGAAGUACAAUGCGGAAAUAAGCUUCGGCACACCGGUCGACUACUUUACUGCCAUCCGCGAACGGUACGACCAGUUCCCGACGCUCAAAGGUGACUUUUUCGUGUACGCGGACAUCUUCAACGAGGGCCGUCCGGCGUACUGGAGCGGCUACUUUACGACCCGCCCGUACUACAAAAUCCUUAGCCGCGAGCUGGAGCACAAUCUGCGCAGUCUGGAGAUUCUGUUCACGAUCGCGUUCAACCGGGCCCGGCAAACCGGCAGCUCGAACGCGUUUAAAAUCUACGAGAAGAACUACGAAAAGAUGAUACUGGCACGGCGGAAUCUGGGGCUGUUCCAGCAUCACGACGCCAUCACCGGCACGUCGAAGGCGAACGUGAUGCGCGACUACGCGCUGCGCUUGUUCGAAAGCAUACAGGACACGGUGAAGCUGCAGGAGAAAACGAUCGAGCUGCUGGUGCAGCGGAAACCGCUCGAUCAGCAGCACGGUUUCCUGAUCGGCGAGCUCGAACGGGACAACUUUGGCAAGCUGCCACGCAAAACGCCCAUCAUCGUGACGGAGGGGCGCAGCACCGAUUUUAUCGUGUACAAUGCACUCGCCCAGGAACGGCUCGAGGUGGUCACGAUACGUACGCUGACGCCGCGCGUCAAGGUGCUCGAUGCAAGCGGCAAAACGAUCGACAUCCAGAUCAACCCGGUGUGGAACAUUACCGAGACGUCGUACACGUCGCGAAAAAUUGUUCCCUCGGACAAGGAGUACGAGGUGAUGUUUGUCGCACGGUUGGCUCCACUGUCGCUGACCACCUACACGGCCGCUUACGACGAGGAUGGGUACCAGGGCAAGAUGGCUACGCUGUACUGUACCGAGUGUCAGGACGAGAAGACCAAAGCGUUCGAGGUGCGCAGCAAACAGCCGGGAGACAUUCAACUGGAGAACUACAAGAUGCGCCUACUGUUUGACGAGCAGAGCGGGUUCCUUAAGUCGGUUACGAAGAAGCACAUGGGGAAACAGAUCCAGUGCGCCAUCAAGUUCGCUGCGUACAAAAGCGCUCAGUUCCACUCUGGGGCGUACCUCUUCAAGACCGACCCGGAGCAACGGAACUCCGAGAAGGAUGUGCUGGAACAGUACGGUGAUCUUACCAUUCUCAUCACGUCCGGUCCACUAGCAAGCGACGUUACCGCCAUCUAUGGACCGUUCCUGGCGCACACGGUGCGAAUCUACAACUCCAACAGUGUGCUCGACAGUGCGAUCUACAUCGAAAACGAUAUCGACUUCGAGGCACCGCCCAAGAACCGGGAAACGGAACUGUUUAUGCGGUUCGUGACCGACAUCGAGAAUGGAGCGAGCGAAAACCCGGAGUUUUACUCCGACCUGAACGGAUUCCAGUAUCAAAAGCGCGUGAAGGUGUCGGCCAUCGGCGUGGAAGGAAACUAUUUCCCCAUUACGUCGGGCGCUUUCAUCCAGGACGAACGGAUGCGGUUAACGUUGCUGACCACGCACGCCCAGGGUGCGGCAAGCUUAGAACCCGGCCAGCUAGAGGUAAUGCUCGAUCGGCGCACUCUGUACGACGAUUAUCGUGGUAUGGGCGAAGGUGUAAUCGACAGUCGUCUGACGAGGCAUCGGUUUUGGCUAACGCUGGAAACAAUCGAUGCACCAGCGGCGGCAGCACAACCAAACCCGCCAGAACCAAACAGCAACAACAACAACAACGAGGACCCGCAGAAGCCAGGUGCCGAUCCUUACCAACUGCCUAGCAUCUUUGCCAAUGCGCUAGCGAACGGGCUGAACUAUCCGGCCAACUUGUUCAUCGUCGAACGGUACGACGAAAGCAAUCAGCUCGAGUUGAACCGCGCGGUACGGCUUCUCCGUGUACAGUUCCCGUGCGACCUGCACAUGCUCAAUCUGCGCACGCUCACCGAGAGCAACUUGCCGCUGUUUCCGUCGAGCUCGGCCCUGCUGGUGCUGCAACGGCAAGGGUAUAGCUGUCGAAUAGGUGGUGACGAGAUGAUCGGCUACUUCUGCGGCAAUGGUAGCAGCAGCAGCAGUAGCAGUAAUAACGUUGGUGGUAGUAGCAGCACCAGCAAUCCCUCCAAGAAUGCCGUCAUUGAUGGUGGAGGAGGGGGAGGUGGUGGGGGAGGAGGUAAUGAAAUUGACCACCGGCAGCCGGAGGUACGGGAGCUGCAGCUAUUCCGAAGGUUACGGAUCGACACGAUCCAGGCAACAUCGCUGACGGGGUUGCAUCCGGGCGAACGGAUCAAUGCCUUCACCGACAUCUACCUAGAACCGAUGGAACUUAAAACCUACAAUCUUACGUUCUCGAAGUAGGGAAAGUCAGGUGACCUAGUAAACUCAUUUCAAGCAUUCCACACCGAUCGGGUACGCCUGAUUGAAGGUGAAGGAGCUAAAAGUAGCUUCUGUUAAGUGAUCAGGACUCAUGAGGACACUGGAACGCACUCCAAGGAACAGACGGGAAGGCCCCUUCUAAUACGUCCUGUAUUUAUUUGUUUUGUAUGUGUGGCGUGUGUGAAGACAAGUAGGCAGUAAUUAGCAGGAAGGUAGAUAAGAAGAAAAUAACAUAACCAUGACCUUAUCUCACUACGGUGUCAUCCACGUGGAAAAGAUGAAGCUCUCUUUCGCAAUCUCUAAAACACACACACACACACCGAAACUUUCUACGACUCCCGGUUCCAGAUCCCGUCUAUCUCGAUGUCUCUCUUCCUAUCGUAACACGUCUAGUUAAUUUUAAAUUUUAACGAUCGUUUCGGUUGUAUUAGCGCCGGCAGAGCACGACUUCCAUUCGGAACUCACAGGGACCUGGUCUCACAGGAACUGGCAAUAUGCAUAGACUUAUGAGGCUCCAACAGCUCCAAUAUAUCCGUAUCAAAAGUCGUCAGUCGGCGUAUCAACAGCAAAUAACGGUACCCUUUUAAGGCUCAGCUGGCUUUUAAAUGCUGUGUGGCCUGAUCGGACUAAUAUCGGAACAAGAAGCAUAAGCCGCCAGCCAGACAAAAGGUCUUCGAGUUUGUAGUCCAUUUGGAAGAACUGUUCCCAUAGCUCAUCCAUCUUGAUUUCCCGGAUUUAAAAUUCCGGCUCAAAUUUUGUGAAAUUAUAUCGAAUAGAAGCCGUACUCAUUGCAACUACUCCUACUACACGAACAAGCCAGCCUGUCUUUAAUCCGGUCUUUAAUACUUUCUAAAGGACACACACAAAAAAAGACAAUGACGACACUGUGUCCAAUAGAGAAAACAAAAAAAACAAACGUGCGGGAGCUUAGUGUAAUUUAAUGUUUAAGGAUAGUGACGGACGGGCGAAGGACGUUCAGGAAGGGUGUUCACUGUAUGAUGGUGUGGAUUACGCAGAGCAACUCUUAAAGGCAACUACACACCGUAGGCAAGUUAUUCAAAUGAAGCAAAGCAAAACCGGCAACCCCCGGAACUAAAUGCACGUUGUAGGAUACGACUUACACACAGACACACCUAGUGAAUCAAAAACAAACAUUAGCGACUACGCAAACAAAAUGGCGAGGGAGCGUGUACGUUCGAGUGGAUGAUGAUGCGCUAAAGUAAAGGGGAUGAUUGGCAGUGCGAAACGAUAGGAUAAAACUGCCGAUAUGAUUAGUUCACAAAAUCGAAGGGUAAGCGGGAAGGGAGAGUCUAUACAGCAGCAGGGAGCAUAGGUGAAUAUGAUAGAAUAGUAAUGGAAAAAGGCGGAUGGUAGCGGUGAAGAAGGCGUGCCGCUACGACAGCAGCAGGUGUAAAGAAACGAUCCGAGGGACGUAUUGUAUUAUUAGUACGCGCUAACAACCUACAGCUGGUAAGUGGACUUUUGUUUAGUGGUUUUGUUUCAUGUUUACAGUAGCUCACGCAGAAAUUCGGACACUUUCGGGAACAUGAACGUUUGCUCGAAUUUGAAGACGAUUUUAUUAGCCCUCUCUAAGGCUGAAUGAAAGUAAUUAUUCUAUCCACUUACUUUUUGCAACCGAAUAUCGAUUGCUUUUAAUGACCAACAUUAUUCGAAAAUACCUUCUUUAAAAAUUUUGCCAAUGUUUUGUCUCAUUUUUCUUAUAAUUUCUACUAACAUUUGGCUGCGUUUUUUUGGAAAAUUUCUCUUAUUUGAUGCUUCCAUUGCUAAAAAGCUCUCUCCAUCUUUUGAGCAGUAAAACGGUGCUCAUUAUUGAAUCAAAACGUGAAAGGAUUAUGUUGCUUGUGAACUAUGCUUGGGAAGUCAGUAAUGACCAGACUAACACCGCGUUGAGAUUGAAGACCGGGGGUUGAACCAAAGGCCUGAAUAACGUUUUUUUCCUAUUUUUAUAUACCAAAACCUUUGCGUAUUGAUAUAUAAAAUUUAAUCUUGAAAGAUAGAAGGGUAGAGUCGUUUCUCAUACGGCGGCAGACCCGUGUUUCAAAUCGCAUCCGGAUCGUUCGCCCGUAGUGAGAACUUGACUAUCCAACUACGUGGUAUCUUAUUAAAUCUAGUGAGUCAGAAAUAGCAGGCAUGCCCCUAAGAGGUCGCUAGGCCAAGAAGAGAGUAUAUUGGAUUGGACAAACAUUGGAUUACUCUCCUUCUCUACAAACGUCAACGAGUCAAACAGUUUCUCGAAAUGGAAAUGAAAUCAAAAAUACGUAAAAAACUAUGCUAGUAAAAUUUGCAAAAAUGUUGCAGAAGUUAAUAGGAUCAUGAAAAAAUUGACAGACAGUUUAAAGAAUCAAAUUUCAAUUCAUUUGAUCUUCAAAACAUAGUGUCCUUAAGAUAUUCCGUUUCGCCCAAAAGCAGUUGAUCUGAGAUCCGUUAAAAAGAAUCCAAACUGAUCCAACCCUAGGGAAUCUAUGAAAAUAAUCCUCAAAGUCGUCAAGCAAAUGUUUCCGCUUCAACUUGUCCGAAGUUCUGCUUGAACCACUGUACUCUUCGUUGUCCUACUAUCCCAAGGACCACUGCAUCGUGGUGUGAUGGACAUGUUUUUUCCUUAGAAGAAAAACGCCUGAGAACGCAACGUUAAACCUCCCUGUUUUAAACUGUUUUCCUCAUUCCAAAAAAAGAUUCAUACAGGAAGUGUGUACUACAGGGUGUGUGUGUGCGUUUGGCUAGUUCAAACCGUUAGCUUCUUAUUUGCAGCUCCUUCCUUCCUGUGCCGCUUUUAACCGACCGAUUGCAUUGAUUCAAUUGUACAAAGCUGCUGUCCCUAUCAUUAUCUAUUACAUUGGCAGCCACCAACUUCUCGUAUUUAGACAAUUUUUAUGUUUUUUGUUUCUAUAAUCCUUCCUCUAUUUUUCGUGCCUUUUGUCUGUGUUUUUAAGACGUUUGAUUCCAUCGCUACUUACUAUUUUGUGCAAUGGAAUGCACGCUACUGUACUAGUUAUUUUAUGUUAGGAAAAAUAAGUAGAACUACGAAAGUUAGGUUUCGUUUUGCUUUUAAUAUUUUUUGUUUGUUUUGCAUGGUUGACCUCGUGCGCACCACCACCUCUUACUCCUCCGAUCUUGCGUGUCCUCUGCAUAUUUGUUACACUCGAUAGAAACAAAUUAAUUAAACACUCUAAUAGCGCAAUUGUUGUUAUAACUCUAAAGCAUUAAUGGAACACACGAGAGGGCAGGAGCAAUUGGUAACAAACACACCGUAUGAUGCUGGUGGAUAUUGUAAAUUAGUAAGCAGAAGCAGGGGCGGAGGCAUCAAUUAUCAGCAGCUGGCAAGGAGCAUGUCCACAAAGUUAGGAAGGGAAGUAGUAAUUUUUCAAAAAAGCAAAGUAAAAACCUCACUCCCAUGUGAACAACAGUCACACACGAUCACGCCAACACACCGGAACAAGGAUGGAUCGAUCGCCUUGUACCUUUACGCUAGUGUCCCCACGAUUUUUCUGUUUCUCUCUGGCUCUCCUUCCCUUCUUUGAUAUGCCGCCGCUACCGCCGUGGGUAAGCUAACAAACCAAAUUAAGCGAGAAACGAUUGUGAAUACCAAUAAUAAAGUUAAUGAAAGGACAUGAACCGUGAAUGGAUGAACCGAUGAUUAAACGAUAUUUUAACCAUG